GCGCCGGAGGGACCCGGGGAUACAAAGACUGCGCCGCUAGGAGCCAAGCGCGGCAGGGGUCCUGAGGGAAUGAAUGGGGACAGCCCGGCCAAUCCGAGGGCAGGAUUCGCAGCCGCGAGAGCAGAGAGCCAGUCGGAGUCCGGCGCGGCCAAUCGGCUGUGAGGACAAGGCCAUGGGGCGGAUCCGCGCGGAGUUUCAAAUCGGCUGGGGUGGGCGAGGGCCAGCUGUGUUCGGCGUCCGGUCCGCGUUAAGACCUGUCGGGGUCUAGUGAGCCGAACACACUCUUGGCCAGCCAGAUGGCUUCCAGGUGGCCCAGCGUGGGGACCUCCAUGCGCCAGAGAUCUCGCCAGGACCAGGAACAGCUGGAGGAGAGUGAGGUGCUGCAGCCUGCGGCUGGCCAUCUGGAGACCUCCAAUGGGGCCCUGGGCUCCCUGUGCAGACAGUUCCAAAGGAGGCUGCCCCUGAGAGCAGUCAGCCUCAACCUUGGGGCGGGCUCCUCCUGGAAACGCCUGGAAACCCCAGAGCCAGGGCAGCAGGGCCUCCAGGCUGCGGCUCGCUCUGCUAAGAACGCCUUGGGAGCCAUGUCCCAGAGAAUCCAGGAGUCCUGCCAAAGUGGCACCAAGUGGCUGGUGGAAACCCAGGUGAAAGCCAGGAGGAGGAAGAGAGGGGCACAGAAGGGCAGGAGUCCCCCAACUCGCAGCCUGAGCCAGAAAAACAGCCGGCUGUCUGAAGGUGCCCCUGCCCACUCUACCCUGGAGCCCUGGGCAAGGGAGUAUCACCACCUCUCCGCCCAGAUGUGUCCUCGUGCCCACCCACUGAGGCGGUGCAGAAGGGAGGCAGCCUUCCGGAGCCCCUACUCCUCAACAGAGCCCCUCUGCUCCCCCAGUGAAUCUGACAGUGACCUAGAGCCUGUGGGGGCAGGAAUUCAGCACCUCCAGAGGUUGUCCCAAGAGCUGGAUGAGGUUAUUGUGGCUGAAGAGAGUGGCGACAUGACCGUUUCUCUCGUCUGUGACUGAGGAUGGUGCCCUUCAGGUAAUGCCCUCCUCCCAGGCAUCCUCACAUUCUUCCUGGUCCUCCUCUUCAUGCAUAAACACAUAUACAUAUUUGGAGGCGUGUUGCAGAACUGAGCAUUUUCUGGAAAACCCUGCAGAGCUGAUAGGCCCAGAAGUUUGCAAGCCUGCCUACCUGCUCAGAGCCAGAGCCGCUGACCUCACCGACCGCAUCACUAACUGAGCACACAGGGGCCCCCAGGUGGCUAGAGCCACCUUCCAGCUCCUCGUUUUGGGGGGAAGGCUCUGGUGUCCCCACUGAGCACUGUGGGGGGCUCAAAGGAAGUUUUGUCUUGCAGAAAGCAGGUCAGGUCUGACCACCACGCCCCCACGCCCAGGAGGCAGCAGUUGCUGCUGCCACCAGGAUUUGACUAACAAGGGCUGGGGUGGAGGCUGCUCUGGGGCCUCUGCUCACCUUCUCUGGCCACAUCUGGGCCCACCAAAGACUGCCUGCCAUGGCCUGGGGGGUACUCAGGGAGACCUUAGAGAGUGGGUGGGGGAACUGUUCACUCUAUUCCAUUUUGGGGCUUAGAAAUUCAUCCCACGUCUGAGUCUAUGCAACAUGAAGUGCAGGCACUAGAAGACAUUUGAGAGCUCUGAGACCCUGAGCCCACAGGUCCCUAUGUAGGCUCUGAGCACAUGGUACUGUGGGCAUAUGGGGAGGGGGUUCUGCUCAGUAGAAUUUUUGCACCCUUUGUAAAUUAUUUAAGAAAUCUGCUUAGUCGUUUUAUUAGAAAGAAACCAGUGUGUGACUUUCCUUGAUAAUGUUGCUUUUUAAUAAUAAAGACCUUCUA